UAAGCUAGCUAGUUUCACUCGGCCUAGAAGAGAUCAGUUGCUUAAUUCCCAGAUCUGAUCGAUCUUGCAGUACCCAUCUCUAUCUCACCCAUGGAGAGCUUAGUUUUCCUUUUCGGUUUGCUCGGCAACAUUACCACCGGACUAGUCUAUCUUUCUCCCGCGAAAACGUUUUGGGAAAUAGUGAUGCGAAGAACAACAGGGGAUUAUGAAAGCAUACCAUACAUAUGCAAGCUGGUGAAUGCGUAUAUGUGGGUUUACUAUGGAGUUCUCAAGCCUGAUAGUGUGCUGGUGGCCACCGUUAAUGGUUUUGGUGGUGUUGCCGAGAUAGCUUAUAUCAUCAUUUUCCUAUUGUUUGCACCUCCGAGGAUGAAGGCUAGGACUGCCAUAAUGUUUGGCAUAUCGAAUGUGGCAUUUCCAGCAGCAGUAGUGUUGGUUACUCAGCUGAUGUUGGAUACAGAGCAGCAAAUCGAAGCGGCCGGGUUCUUGUCCCUUUGCUUUAGCAUGGUCGCCUAUGCUUCUCCUCUUUCAGCCAUGAAAACAGUGGUAAUGACAAAGAGCGUGGAGUACAUGCCCUUUCUUCUCUCCUUUAUGCUUUUCAUAAAUGGAGGGGUUUGGACAGUUUAUGCGAUGCUUACAAGCGACUGGUUCAUCGGAAUUCCAAAUGGUAGUGGAUUUCUUCUUGGCACGUCUCAGCUGGUACUCUAUGCAAUCUACUGGAAACCCAAGGCCUCCCACAAAGUGAUAAGAGGUGCUUUUGACGAUGAACAUUUGGAGGAUGAACUCAUCUCCAAUUUCAGUUCAUGAUCGCAUGAAAAGACGGAUGUGUAAUGUCUUCGAUCAUCGAUUCAACCGCUUUGGAUCAUUGGAAGUGUAAUCUAACAUUUCCUUUGUCGUUUGCUUUGGCUUUCUAGCCAUGUAUUUCUCAGGCUAGGCUUUCAUGGUUGAGUUGUUAUGUACUGAGUUUGAAGCAGGGCAAUGCCGGUGUUGAAACCUUAUAGUAGUCGAUUUUUGUUUGGAAUGAAUUUAGGUGGUGUUUGUGUUUCCACCAAACUAAAAGGAGUAGAUAAGUUGUUUCACUUAAUAUACAGACAAGUUGUGGUGGUGGUAGUGGUGGUGAUUUUGAAGUGGCGAUAAAUUUUAACUUUGAGAAUUUAUUGAAUCGAUAAUAAUCUCGAUU